AUGGUCUCUCCUACUCCUUUCCGCGCCGCGGAGUUCAAGAGCGCAUACGGCCCCAAGUACGUUACGAUUGCCCGACUUCGACGCGAGUCCAGACCGAGCCGCAUGGCGCCGAAUGGACGCGACGCCGGCACGGCGGCGUCCCGGCCGGUCGAGACAAACAUCCGCACGAGAGCACCAGAACUGACCGAGCCGUCCACCAGAUACCACUACCAGCCCAACUUCCAUGGCAUGAACAAGACCUCUCUCUUCCGGCUAGGCCUCCGCACCGCUUCCUUCGGCGGUGCUGGAGUCAUCGCUGCCCUCCUCUAUGUCUCCGGCAUUCCUCGCGUCCAGCGCGACGUUCUUCAGCAAAUCCCCGUUGUUGGCAAGUACUUUAUCAAGGAGGAGCUUCCCGCUUCGGACAACCCCUUCUAA